AUGAAUGGUCCUGGAGUACUAUUACCCCUCGCCAACACUACCACGGACGCACUCCGCCGCGUACCUCUUUUAACAAAAACCAGAAUUACAAGAAAAUCGUCCUCCUCGACCCGAAAUUCUCUUGUAAUUGAGGCCGUAGAAGGCCAGGCCUCGCCUGAUACUCCGGUUGAACCAGUUGCCCGCCGCCUCAUAUUGCUCCGACAUGCCCAUAGUUCGUGGGAAAAUCGUUCCCUCCGAGACCAUGAUCGCCCUUUGAGUAAAUCUGGACAAGCUGAUGCAGUCAAAGUCUCACACAAACUUCAACAAUUGGGCUGGAUUCCUGAACUAAUACUCUCAAGUGAUGCACAGCGGACACGGGAAACACUGAAAAUUAUGCAGGAGCAAGUUCUAGGCUUUCUGGAAGCCAAGGUUCAUUUCAUUUCAAGCUUUUACUCCAUCGCAGCCAUGGAUGGACAGACAGCCGAGCAUCUUCAGCAGGCUAUCUGUAAAUACUCGAAGGACAAUAUACUUACUGUCAUGUGUAUGGGGCAUAAUAGGGGAUGGGAGGAGGCAGCCUCUGUGUUAUCUGGUGCUUCCAUAGAACUGAAAGCUUGCAAUGCUGCUCUGCUUGAAGCCACUGGAAAAUCAUGGGAAGAGGCAUUUUCUUCAGCGGGAUUUGGUGGUUGGAGGCUCCAGGCUGUUGUGAAACCUGACUGA